UGCGACAGACUAACUGACUCACUGGGGCAGUAACUCGGACGUGGAGAAAUAGUCCUUGCACAUCCUCCAGAGUUGUUCCUCUCUCGGGUGGAUGACAGUAUAAAGAAACACAAACAGCCUGAAGAGAGGGAUACAGAAGAAGAAAAAAAAACGGAACACAAUAGAAUUACAACAAAGGCGGAAAACGAAUCCGAGAGGAGGGGAACUCCUUUGAGCGCGCGCGACAAGGACAGAGAAAAUAACAAUUAAGUGCACCUUCGAAAGUAGUCCCUUUGUUUCCUAUGUAUGGAUAAGUAGUCGGUAGAGAUAUACGGUAAGACGGAGAAGAAAACAGAAACUAGGUUAGAGGAAGCCGUUUCCUUCUUUCAACGAUUUCUAAACGAAAGAAAAAGUAGAAUCACGACCCGGUUCUACAGAGGUUUCAGUGCAGUUUGGAUAACAGGAACUACGAGUAAAACUAACGCUUUUAGAGUGGAUGUUUCACUAUUCGGGCGCGUGUGUGUUUGUGUGCAUCCACUGAGUGGUAGGCCCCGAUGGCCACCGUUUUCCAAACUCAACAGUCAAUAUCUGCAAAACGAAACUCGAUUGAUUUCAACCGCCAAGGUCGUGUAACGAGUAGCUGUUGUGAGUCGACGUGGGGCGUGUGACGACGAGGAGUCUCCUGUGUCUAUUGUCUCCGAUAGUUUGGGUUCCUUUUCGAAUGGCACCACAGUACCAGCAACGUCUGUACCACCAUCCGGAGACGACGACGACGACGACGACGACACAGACGAAGGUGAAGACGAACACAGCUACCGUUACCCACGUUGAUAGUACCGUAUCAAGCUUAACACUAGCAAGUACCUUUAGUAAUACUGCAAGCGAUUGUUGUGACGAUUUUACCGCCAGCUGCUGCCGCUGCUGCUGCUGCUACUGUAGAGUCGAAGGUUCAAAGGAAGAGGAAGGCGGCAGUCGUUGCGGUGGUGAUUUGCAGCUGGUGGCGAACAACUGUAGUCGACGACGACAGCAUCGGCAACUACUCUAGCAGCAAUGAAACUCGUGAGCCCACUGAGGGCCGCCAUCCUAGCCCUCGUUAUGGCACUCGCCGAGUCGGCUGGAGAAGCUGAUUACACUCUAGACGACUCGUUUUGGAAUGAGGAGAGUCCAGUUGUGUAUAACCAUGGAUGGGAUGCACAAACCAAAAAACCUCUAGACGGAACACCUAGACUUCCAGGUGAGGUGGAACGUCUACUCAAGGAGCACCAGCAGAAUCAGGAGCUGGUGGAAAAGAUCGGUAGAAACUCCUACCAGAUCAUCUACCCGGUGCAGUUGAGGCACCACGAGAAGAUGGGCAUCUCGACGAGAGAAGUCGGCACAAAGGUACGCUAUCGCUCCAGAGCUUCCUCCUACUCUCCAUCACAAUCAUCAUCAUCGUCAUCCAUGAAUUCCAUUACUACUUUCCACCAUCACAACUACAACUACAACAAAAAUGUCACACGCACACGCAAAUCCUACUAUCCCGAUGAUGCCACGAUGAGUACCGAUGAGCUAGCUAGGAUGGUAUGUGCUUUUGAUUUUUGAUCCGUUUCAUGUUACCUGAGUACAAUUGAAGCUGAACAAUGCAUUAGGUCCUAAGUAACAUUGACAGAUUCUCUUCGUUGAC